AUGAUUGCUAGAUUUAAUUGCCCUAAUAUAGAAAGUAUAGACGUUAGUGACGAAGAGGAUAUAGAUAAAAAGGAGAUUAAUGAAGAGGAUGAAGAGGAUAUUAAUGAAGAUGAUAAAGUGAAUAUUGACGAAGAGAAUGAAGAGGAUAUUAAUAAAGAGGAUGAAGAGGAUAAUAAUGAAAAGGAUGAAGGGGAUAUUAAUGAAGAGGAUGAAGGGAAUAUUAAUGAAGAAAU